AUGGGCUCGAUGGACGAGAAUGCACCACUUGCCGAGGCAGCCCCCGUGGGCGUCGCGAAGAUCGUGUGCACGCUCCUGGAGGGCCGGAGCGUCCUGUCCACGGUCGCGCACCGGCAGCCCGUGCGCGUCCAGCCCCUGCCGUCGGCGCUCUCCGCCGCCGCCGGCGCGGCCUGCGCCGUGCUCUCGUCCCUCGGCGGCGGCCUGCUCGGCGGCGACGUCGUGGAAGUCGACGUGGACGUCGGCGCCGGCGCGACGCUCUGGUUCGGGUCCCAGUCGUCGAACAAGAUCUACCGCAAGAAGCGGCGGCGCGGCCCGACGCGCGUCGACGCCCGAUACAGAGUCGCCGGCGGCGGCCUGCUCGUCGUCGCGCCGGACCCGACGGUGCCCUACGCGCGGUCGCGGUACCGAGGGACGACGCGGCUGGCGCUGGACGAGGACGCGCGCGCCGUCGUCGUCGAGUGGCUCGGGAGCGGCCGCGCGGCCGCGGGCGAGCGGUGGGCGUUCGACGAGUUCGCCGCCGAGGUCGCGGUGUUCCGCGGCGAGGAGUGCAUCUGCGUCGACGCCGUGUCCCUCGGCGGCGGCGACGACGGCGGCGCGGACGUCGGGGGCGUGCCGCGGGACCACGUCGCGACGCUCUACUGCCGCGGAUGCCCGGACGUCGCCGCGCGCGUCGCGGCGACGUCGCUCGCGCUCACCGUCGCCCGCGGCGCCCGCGCGCGCCGGGGCGGCGCCGAGGACGACGCGGCGAAUCGCGUCGUCGCGUCGCUCGGCGGCGACGCGCUCCUGGGGUCGUCGGACGCGGGCGGCGGCGUCGUCGUCGCGCGCGUCGCGGCCGCCCGGGCCGAGGACGUCUACCGCAUCCUCGCGGCCGUGCUCGCGCCCCUGGAGGCCGACCUCGGCUUCCGGCCCUACGCGGACCGCGUCGCGGCGACGAAGAGCCGCGGCGGCGUCGACGACGCGGCGCAUCCGCCGCCGCCGCCGCCGCCGCCGCCGCCCGAGGAGUCGGCCCCGGUGCCCGAAGCGACGGCGUCGACGACGCGCCUCGCGUUCCAGCUCGCCGACGCGACGCUGCCGACGGGCGGCUUCGCGCACAGCGGCGGCCUCGAAGCCGCGUUCCAGCUCGGCGUCGUCCGCAAGGGCGACGACGCGGCCGUCGCGGCGUUCGCGCUCGCCGUCCGGUCGACGACCGCGACGCUCCACGCGCCCUUCCUCGCGGCGGCGCACGCCGCGGGGGGGGACGGCGCCGCCCUCGACGCGCUCAGCGCGCGCCUCGACGCGCUCCUCCGGUCCAACGCGCCCGCGCGCGACGCGAGCCGCCGCCUCGGCACGGCGCUCCGGCGCCUGAGCGCCGAGCUCGUCGGCCUGUCCGGGCCGCCGCGCCACGCGGCCGUCGCCUUCGGCGCGCUCGCGGCCGCCGCGGGCGUGGAGGUCGGAGUAGCGCUUCUGGCCUUCGAGCACGCGCAGGUCCGCGACGUCUUCUCCGCGGCCGUGCGCCUCGGCCUCGUCGGCCCGCUCAAAGCCGCGAAGCUCCAGUUCGACGUCGCGAAGCGGCCGCCGGCGCGGCGCCGCCCGGCCGUCGCGGACGCCGCGAACGCCGCGCCGAUGCUCGACGCGAUCCACUGCUGCCACGCGCAGCUCGACAUGCGCCUGUUCCAGACCUAA